AUGCACACCAGCUCCCACCACAGCACCCACACCCGCUCCCACGCCAGCACCCACACCAGCUCCUUCACCAGCACUCACACCAGUAUUCAGAACUGCACCCACACCAGCAAUCACACCAGCACCCACCACAGCACUCAGAACUGCACCCGCACCAGCAAUCACACCAGCAACAGGUGUACAGCCCUGCAAAGCGUCUCCUCUCUGCUGCGCGCCGCUGCGCGUCGCUCCCGGUUGGUAUACAAACGCUUCUCAGCAAGUGCGCUCGUCCGAGGAGAACUGCGCGUCACUCACUGCGCGUGCGGUGGGUACGGGGCGUAA